AUGCCAGUGGCGCUGACACUGCUACUGCUGCUGUUGGUAUUUGCUCAAGCGGAGGUAUUGUGGAUGCGAAACAUGGAGCAGCACAGCUGGGGGAUGACGGGAGCCAACCGCGCCGAUACGACACAAAACGAGGCCGCCGCCGUUGCCGCAGAGCCGCCGGCGAUGACGGCGGUGGCGGCGCCGGCACCCGCAGAAGAGCCUCCUGGGCCCAGCAGCGCUCCAGGGGAACCACUGGAAUCUGCCGCCGGGGGAGAGCCACGUGGCGGCAAUAGCCAGGCCGACGGCGAUCUGAUGCCGUACUCGUACGACGAAACAACGGCAGCGGCACCGCCAGCGGGUGAGGACAGCAACGCGUUGGCAAGAGCUAGCGCCGAGGAUCUCGAAGACCGCUGCGAUGCCGACGCCCGUGGUCUCGGGAACGAGGGUGAUUGUAACACGUUGUACGACAGCGGUAAAAUGGCAGCGGCACUGGCCGACUGGGGGGAAGGUGGAGAUUCCGGUCGCAGCGGCGGCAGCGGCGGCGGCGGCGUUUGGGCCUGGGCUGUGGACGCCACCGACAGCCAGACGCCGUGGGGCCAGGCGGAUUGGGGCGCCUCCGCUGCCUCCUCCGCCACCGCGUACGACAAACCAGCCGUUACCGGUGCCGCUGCUGCACCCACCGCCAAUGGCCGCAUUGGCAACGACAGCGGCGGCAGCAUCAGCAGCAGCGUCGAUUACGAGAAGCCAGCUGCCGCGGAGCGACACCCCGCGACCGACCGCGCCUUGGCUUCGAAACCACGACCGCGUCCCGGUCUUCUACCCUCCUCCUCCUCCUCCUCCCCUCCUCCGGAGCUGACGUCACCCGAUGUCGUAUCCGCCGCGGCACUGGUGGUCUACCCCGGGAAGGGCGCGGUGGCGCGGCUGUGGCGGGGCCUUGUGUGUCUGCUGCGGGACAGGAACCGAAACCGACCCAUGGACCUCGCGGAGAUGACGGCGGCUCUUAACAAGGAGGCGCUGCGGCUGGCGGCGCUGCGCAGAGCCGUGGCGGCGGCGUACCCCGGCGGCGACGACGUCAGUGUCGUACGCCGCGCUGCCGCCGGCGCCCUGGUCGAUGCUGCGUCCCCCUUUCCCGGUGUACGGCACUCUCUCAACAUGCCGUCAUUGGGGGUGGCUGUCAUACAGACUGCCAACGAAGCCCGGCAGCGGCUGGCGGAGGCGCGAGGUACGACAUUCUCUCUGGCAGCGGUGUUGACGGGGACCAGUACGGCGGCGAACAAUUCCAGCAGUUGGCGCGGGCAUCAUGGUGAUGCGUGUGGUACGGAGGCAGAUCCGGCUUCGUACUUUGUUGUUUCGGCCGUUGGGACGAGCAGGGUGGCGAGGCUGGAUGCGGAUCGUCUCAUCGCGGAGGUGCUCCGUGCUGCCGUACCGGAGGGGCGUCCGGAGAUGCAAGCCAAGCGAUGUCUGGCUCUCCUUGCGGCAGCUUCACUAGGGGGAGGACCGAGUGCAGCUGCCGUACCGUACGACCCGCCGUACACCUUGAGAUCAAGUCCCUGCGGCAUCCUGCUCAAUGACCUGGGACUGAAGCCGCCCAAGGGUCAGAUGCGGGCGCUGUACGACGAGGAACCUCACCUCUUCAGGGUACGAUUGUGUGUUUGUGUGUGUGGAAGGGGGGGGGAGAGAAGGCCCCAGGAGCGACCCGCCGCCGCCGCCGCUGCCGCUGCUGAAGACGGCGACGCCGAUGAUGACGCCAACGCAUUUGCCGCCGACGGGUCCGACGCCUGCGACUUGUACGACUUCCAGAUCGGCGCCGUUCCGCCGCCGGCGGCAGAGGCAGAGGCGGAGGCGUCACCGGCGGCGGCGCUGGAGGUGGCGGAGAUCCUGGCGACGCAACCGGCGCGCGCGCUGGCGGAGGCGCUGGCGCCGACGGUGCCUCCGGAUCUGCUGCCGGAUCCCAAAGUCCAGAUCAUCACCAUGCCGUACGGCCCCGAGCACGUGACGGCGCUGUCGCACUGCCUCUCCUGCCCCCAAAUCGGCCUCGCUGCCAAGGGCGUUGGCGGCGUUCCGGCGCUCGUACUGCUGUACGCGCCGGCCGUGGACUCACUCAAGCCGGCGGCGGCGGCCGCCGCCGCCGCCGCGACUGGCGCGGCGCUGCCGCCGGUUGGCGGCGUCCUUCCCGCGACGGUGUAUAUCUUUGAUGCGUCCGCUGCGACGGCGACGGCGGCGGCAGCAGCGGGGUCUAGCGGCGGCGCCGCCGCCGCCGCCGCCGCCGACCCCGGGACAUCGUUACUGGGCAGUCUGUGUGUGUUGCUGGAGGAGCCGGGAGUCGCAAAGGUGGUUCACGGUGCCGAACAGCUGGAUAUGCUCGUACGUGCCGUACAGCACCUUCCGGAGCUCUGGUCCGCGCUGACGUGGCUCCUUCCCCGUCUUGCGCAGUUCUGCAGCAUCGCCUGGUCGCACAUGUGCCGGUCGGCGGUGGUGGUGGUGCCGGAGGACGCAGACGGCCGUGUGCAAGGCGGCUCUGCGUCUUGUGUCUGCGCACGGGAGCGCAGCGCAGAUUUCCUUUUUUGCAGUACGGCGGUGGCGGCAGCAGCCGCAGCAGCAGGCGAUCACUCCUCCCCCGCCGCCGCCGCCGCCGAGCUGCAGCGCUCGCAGUCCAGUCGACCCCGCCGCUCCCUCAGCGCCGCAACGCUGACGUGGGCUCCCGUACUGGUGGAGGAGCGCUCCCUGGAUAGGCCUCCGGUGCCGCCGGGGGGGUCUCCAGCAGUUGGGCCCUCGGCCGGGCCCGUCAGCCCCCCCGGUCACGGUGCUGCUAGCCCGGGGGAGGCGUCGUACUCGCCUCCGUCGCCGCCGGUCAACCUUGGUCCGCUACAUCUCGUCCCGCGGCCGUUGGUACCCUCGGCCAGAGGUGUGACCAUCGGGCCAUUUGUGGAGGCACUGGCCGCCGUCGCCGCCAGGCCGCCGCGCCGCCGGCCCGGCGGGGUAGACGCGUCGGCGCUGCGGCUUCUACACCACCAGAUGGUGCAUCAGAGCAACAACCAGCAGCAGCAGCAGCAGCAGCAGCAGCAGCAACAACAACAGGGCGCGUCGGUGGCACUGGCCGCCGCUGCCGCUGGGGGCGGCGGCGGCGGCGGCGGUUCCAAGCGCGCGCGUCACCUUGCGGUUUCCCGGCUUCCCCACAUCGACUACGAUCAGAUGAGGGAUCCGCAGUACCGGAUGCAGCUCAAGGCACGGAGCAAGCAGGGCAGGCUAGCAGUGCUCAGUCCCGUCAUCAAUGACGAGGUGGAGGACGUGGCGCCCGCCCGGGGGAGGCGGCGGCCUUGGAAGCCGCUACAUAUCUAG